ACGGCCGUGUGUCACUGUGUCUCGCUUUCAUCUCAAAGUCUGAACUCUCCCUUUCUGCAUCCUUCUCUCUGAUUUCUGCUGAGUUUUCACUGACAUUUCAUUUGGGUUUUUUUUUCCUGUGAAGCUUCUGAAACCUUCUAACCAUUUUCUGCCCUCCCUUCAGGCUCCUCCAUCUUCAUGGCUUCCAGUAGCCUAGGGACAUUGAAUGCUAAAAUUACAAACUUGAACUUCAGUAGGGCACGAGUUGGGGUCUUACAGUCAUAUGGCAUAAUAACUUGGACAGGGAGAAAACCACAAUUAUACUCAUGUUUAUCGAUAUCAAGACAGUCAGAGAAAGUAUUACAUGCGCGCAGCGUUCGAUCGUUAGAAAUCCUGUCUGCUAAAAGUUUAGAAGAGGUUUCUGAAGAGAGUGGAGAUUCUGGUCCAACAAACCAGCUCAUUCAAAAUUUUGAUGAGGUACAAUCUUUGCUCACAGCAUUAUGUGAUACAACUACAGUUGCAGAGGUCAAAUUAAAAAUCGGUGGAUUUCAGUUAAAUGUGGUGAGGAAGUUGACUGAAAAAAUUAGCACACCACCUCCCCCAAGUCCUGCUCCUGUUAGUGCGAGUGAAAAUGCUAAAGCACUUGAUUUGAAUGGUGCUGUUCCUACGCAAUCUGUAGCUAUCACUAGACAAGAAUCGUCUUCAAGGAGUAUCCAGACAUUGCUAGAUAGAGCUGCAGAUGAUGGCUUGGUGUUAAUUCAUUCUCCACGAGUGGGGUUGUUUAGGAGAUCUCGAACCAUAAAGGGCAAGCGUGCUCCGCCAUCAUGUAAAGAGAAGCAAAUAGUGAAGGAGGGACAAGUGAUUUGCUACAUAGAACAGCUUGGCGGGGAGCUCCCAAUUGAGUCUGAUGUAGCUGGGGAGGUCAUCAGGAUACUACGAGAAGAUGGUGAUCCCGUUGGAUAUGGUGAUGCUCUCGUUGCGGUUCUCCCCUCGUUUCCUGGGAUUGAGAAACUUCAGUAGACGAUUGGUUGAUUACCAGUGUACUGAAAAAUAGAGUAAAUUUGUUCUCUUUUUCUUUGUUGGUAAAAUUCUGAUUUUCUUUUAGAGAAUGGUUGUUACAGAGUUAGCCUUUCGUAACAUAUUUAUCCAAGCUAUACAUGAAACAAUCAGCUUAGUA